AUAACCACUAGGGUUUGCUACGGACAUUUCCUCCCGUUAUAGAUGGGUUAGACAACGGAGGCAGAACCAAGUCUCGGUUGACACAGACUGCAGCCACAAAACGCUAGAAAGGAAGCUUCGCGGAGGCGGUGGAUUGUGUCUGAACAUGGCAGGUCUGAAUGAGUACAGCGGCUCCGGUCGCGCGGUAGAAUAGGCGAGCGUGUGUCGCUUUCGGGUGGGAGCAGAGAGAGGAAGAUGGCGGGGAAGAGAACUGCUUUUCAGCCGCUGUCCAGCUCUCGCGUCCCGGAGAGGAAGGGAGCGGCUGACCGCGUCAAGCCUAAUGUGGAGUGGUGCUCUUCUACCACCCACCAGGAGCCGGAGAAAGGAGCCCCUUCCACAGCGGGAACUGGCAGUGGCAGCGCCGGGAUUCACCAGCACGCCGGAGGGGCCGUUGGAGGACCAGGUCCGGUGGACGAGUCCUCCGAUAGCGAAGGAGAACAGGAAGGCCCCCAGAAACUCAUCAGAAAAGUGUCCACCUCCGGGCAGAUCAGGAGCAAGACGAGCAUAAAGGAGGGGCUUCUGCUGAAACAGACCAGCUCCUUCCAGCGGUGGAAAAAGCGCUACUUCAAACUGAGGGGCAGAACACUCUACUAUGCCAAGGAUUCCAAGGGGGGCGGCGUGCUGUCCCGGUGGCAGGAGCGGGCCUACCGCGUGUCCCGGAGCCGGGUGUGCUGGAGGGUGCUGUCCGUGUGCUGGACGGGGCCCCGUCGCGCCCCCCCGCACCUGGGCGCCAGCGGCUCGGAGGAAGGGUUGGUGGCAGUUCGGUCUCUCAUUUUUGACGAAGUGGAUCUGUCCGAUGCCAGCGUUGCAGAAUCCAGCACCAAGAAUGUCAACAACAGCUUCACGGUAAUUACUCCCUUCCGAAGGCUUAUCCUCUGCGCGGAGACCAGGAAAGAGAUGGAGGACUGGAUCAGCUCGCUCAAGUCCGUUCAGUCCAGAGAGCAUUACGAGACGGCACAGUUUAAUGUGGAACAUUUCUCAGGGAUGCACAACUGGUAUGCCUGCUCCCACGCUCGCCCCACCUUCUGCAACGUCUGCCGGGACAGCCUAUCUGGAGUGACCUCCCACGGCCUGUCCUGCGAAGUGUGCAAAUUCAAAGCUCAUAAAAGAUGUGCGGUAAGGGCCACUAACAACUGCAAAUGGACCACACUGGCCUCUAUCGGGAAAGACAUCAUCGAGGAUGAGGACGGGAUCGCCAUGCCCCACCAGUGGAUGGAGGGGAACCUGCCAGUCAGUGCCAGGUGUGCGGUGUGCGAUAAGACGUGCGGGAGCGUGCUGCGACUGCAGGACUGGCGCUGUCUGUGGUGCAAGGCCAUGGUGCACACGGCCUGUAUGGACCUGUAUCCACGCAAGUGUCCCCUGGGUCAGUGCAAAGUGUCCAUCAUCCCUCCGACGGCCCUCAACAGCAUCGACUCUGAUGGCUUCUGGAAGGCCACCUGCCCCCCGUCCUGUGCCAGCCCGCUCCUCGUCUUCGUCAACUCCAAGAGCGGGGACAACCAGGGGGUGAAGUUCCUGCGGCGCUUCAAACAGCUGCUGAACCCCGCGCAGGUCUUCGACCUGGUCAACGGCGGCCCGCACCUAGGCCUACGGCUGUUCCAAAAGUUUGACAACUUCAGAAUCCUGGUGUGCGGGGGAGAUGGCAGCGUGGGCUGGGUUCUGUCCGAAAUCGACAAGAUGAACCUUCACAGACAGUGCCAGCUAGGGGUGUUGCCCCUGGGCACAGGAAAUGACCUCGCUCGGGUGCUGGGCUGGGGGCCGUCCUGCGAUGACGACGCCCAGCUGCCCCAGGUCCUGGAGAAGCUAGAGAGAGCAAGCACCAAGAUGCUGGACAGGUGGAGUAUAAUGACGUAUGAGAUCAAAAUUCCUCCCAAACACAUCUGCCCAGCCACAGCAGAGGAGUCUGAGGAGUGUCAGUUUCAGAUUUCAGCCUAUGAAGAUUCCGUUGCCGCUCACCUCACCAAGAUCCUCAACUCAGACCAGCACUCUGUGGUCAUAUCCUCCGCAAAGGUUCUGUGCGAAACGGUGAAGGACUUUGUGGCCAAAGUGGGGAAGUCGUACGAGAAGAGCGCAGAGAACAGUGAGGAGGCGGAGACAAUGUCUCUGAAAUGUGCCAUCCUCAACGAGAAGCUGGACUCGCUCCUCCAGACCCUCAACACCGAAGCCCAAGCCACACCCCGCCCACCCCACACCACCCCGCCCAUUGUGGAGGAGGAGCCUGAGGACGAGACAGAGCUGGAGGAGGAGCCGGAGCCGGAGGAGGAGCCAAGCGAAGAGUCUCUGACGGAGCUGAAGGAGAAGCUGGAGGAGAACAUGACGGAGAAGAGCUCACCACGCGCGGUGUUCCGCCCGCGGGAACAGCUGAUGCUCCGGGCCAACAGCCUGAAGAAGGCCGUGAGGCAGAUCAUCGAGCAGGCCGAGAAAGUGGUUGAUGAACAGAACGCGCACACUGAAGGACAGCAGGAGCCGCAGUCUCCAGCCGAGUUUAAAAAGGAGGGCGAGGACGAAGACAAGGACAACGAGAAGGACGAGAACACCAGGGACCUGGAAUCUCCAUCCUCUGCGAAGACCACGCCCUGUUCCCCCCCUGAGAGGCACAUGAGUCGCAGCAGCCAAUCCUGCGGCUCCUUCUCCAUCCCGCACUUCACCACCAGCAAAGAGAACCUGCCUGUGCUCAACACCCGCAUCAUCUGUCCAGGCUUAAGGGCUGGCCUGGCUGCCUCCAUAGCUGGCAGCUCCAUCAUCAGCAAGAUGCUGCUGGCCAACAUCGACCCGUUCGGUGCCAUGCCCUUCAUCGAUCCAGACCUGGACUCACUAGAGGGAUACUUGGAAAAGUGCGUCAUGAACAACUACUUUGGGAUCGGACUGGAUGCCAAGAUCUCCCUGGAGUUCAACAAUAAAAGAGAGGAACAUCCAGAAAAAUGCAGGAGUCGCACCAAGAACAUGAUGUGGUACGGAGUGCUGGGGACCAAGGAGCUGCUGCAGAGGACCUAUAAGAACCUGGAGCAGAAGGUUCAGCUGGAGUGUGACGGGCAGUACAUCCCCCUGCCCAGCCUCCAGGGAAUCGCCGUGCUCAACAUCCCCAGCUACGCCGGCGGGACCAACUUCUGGGGCGGGACCAAAGAGGACGACAUCUUCUGUGCACCAUCGUUUGACGAUAAGAUCUUGGAGGUGGUUGCUGUGUUCGGCAGUAUGCAGAUGGCUGUUUCCAGGGUUAUAAAGCUGCAGCACCACAGGAUUGCACAGUGUCGCUCGGUGAAGAUCACCAUCCUGGGAGACGAGGGCGUUCCCAUCCAGGUGGACGGGGAGGCCUGGAUCCAGCCGCCCGGAAUCAUCAAAAUACAGCACAAAAACAGGGCCCAGAUGCUGACCCGGGACAGGGCCUUUGAGAACACGCUCAAGUCCUGGGAGGACAAGCUGAAGUACGACAAGCCCCCGGUGCGGCCACACCUGUACUCGCAGCAGUCCGUUGACCUGGCGACCGAGGAGGAGGCGGGGCUUGUCCAGGCCUGCGCCCGCGCUGCCGAGGAGCUCAUCACCAGGAUCUGUGAGGCGGCGAAAACCAACGGUCUCUUGGAGCAGGAGCUGGCCCAUGCUGUCAACGCGUCCUCCCACGCCAUCAACAAAACCCACCCCAAAUUCCCGGAGAGCCUGAGCAGAAACACAGCCAUUGAGGUGGCCAGCACAGUGAGGGCCCUGCACAACGAGACAGAGUCGCUGCUGGUGGGGAGAGUGUCUCUGCAACUGGAUCCCCCCCAUGAGGAGCUGCUGUCGAGCGCCCUGCAGACUGUGGAGCUGGAGCUGGGCAAGCUGGCCGAGGUGCACUGGCUGUACCACAUCCUGCAGCCCAACGACGAGGAGGGUCAUGACCUUGAAUAUGGAAAGAGGCACAACCGCAGCGCCAUGUUCCGCAUUGUCCCCAAGUUCAAGAAGGAAAAAGCCCCCAAGAAGUGCAGCCCACAGUCAGUUCAGAGGUGGGGCACUGAGGAGGUGGCCGCCUGGCUGGAGCAGCUCAGUCUGGGGGAGUACAAAGACACCUUCAUCCGCCACGACAUCCGCGGCUCCGAGCUCCUUCACCUGGAGAGGAGGGACCUGAAGGACCUGGGGAUAUCGAAGGUGGGCCACAUGAAGAGGAUUCUGCAGGGAACUAAGGAGCUGGCCCGGACCACCCUGGCUGACCUCUGACCUUUGACCUGUGUGUGAGCGGCCGAGCGGGAGGAUUGUGGGUCCCCACUGACCCCCACCCUCCUACAGCUGAAACGGAAGCUUCCGGAAGCUCCGCGGCCGAGGAGAGCUUGGGACAGGAGGGGCGGAGGAGGAGGCGGGACUUCUCCUGUGUGCGGGGGAAACGCGGAAUGGGACAUUUGGUUGUUUGCAGAAGGUAACGGUGCCAAAUAAAAGCAAUCAGAGAGGUUGAUAAAGGAUAUGGAGAAAGGGAUAGAUCUUUAAAAAUAAAAGCCAUUUAACUGUUUAUCACACGUGGCUGAAUCAGGUAUGCAACUGUAGACAGGCUCGGUCCUCAGAAUGAAAAAAAAAAAAAAACGACAAAAAAAAGUUCAACAAGUAGCAAAUCAGGACUUCCA